AAGAUCGGUGGUGGUGCGAUCAUACGACUCGAUCCUGCCGUCAUCAUUUUCCUGCUAGACGCAUCUAGUUACGUAAAUCAAAACCGAAAGUUUGCGUGUCAGUUGUUAUAUCAGUGCGUCUCUGAAAAAUCUCGAAAAGACCACAGUCCGAAGCGGUAAAAACGGUAAGAUAGAAAUGUCGACGGAAGAAGAGUAUCCCGACAGGAUCGCUCAGUUGUACGCUGACAAAGUCCUCUUCAUAACCGGAGGAACGGGAUUUCUAGGAAAAGUGCUCGUCGAAAAGUUCCUGCGAACCACCAAAGUGAAGCGCAUCUAUCUCCUGGUGCGUCCGAAAAAAGGGAAGGACCCCAACCAACGACUUCGCGAGGACGUCUUCAAAAACAAACUUUUCGACAAAGUGAAAAAGGAACGCGGUGAAGACAUAAUCAACAAAGUGGAGGCCAUUCCGGGAGACGUUUCCGAAUUGGAACUGGGUCUGUCCCAAGAAAACAGAGAUCUGAUCCACAACGAGAUCGAAUUCAUGUUCCAUUGCGCCGCCACAAUUCGAUUCGACGAACCUCUUAAAAAAGCGGUCCUGUUGAACACUCGUGGCACCAAACUGAUGCUCGAAUUGGUCAAGGGAUGUAAAAAAUUAGUGGCUUUCGCACAUUUAUCGACGGCCUAUUGUCAUUUGCACGAAAGGAUCCUGUACGAAAAGUGCUAUCCACCGCCAGCCGAUCCGGAAAAGGUGAUCAGAACCUGCGAAUGGAUGUCCGAGGAAGCCAUCGACAUUAUCACGCCUCAAAUUUUAGGCAGUUUCCCCAAUUCGUAUGCUUUCACGAAAGCCCUGAGUGAGGGUCUGAUCAAUCAGGAAAUGGACAAUCUUCCCAUCAUCCUUCUACGACCUUCGAUCGUGAUCCCCGUGUGGAAGGAACCGCUGCCAGGCUGGACCGAUAACAUAAACGGUCCCACCGGCCUCUUGAUCGGAGCAGGAAAGGGCGUCAUAAGAACAAUGUGGUGCAACGGAGACGGCUACGGUGACUUCCUGCCGGUCGACAUCGCCGUCAACGCCAUUCUACUGACCACGUACGACUUCGUGGCCUUCAGAAAACGUCGCAUUUACAACCUGACCAGUUCUCAAGAGUACCAAGUCAGUUGGGAGGAAAUGAUCAACAUAGGAAGAGAGGUGAUAAACAAAAGGAUGCCCUUGAACGGAGUCGUUUGGUAUCCCGGAGGUUCCAUGAAGAAGAGUAAAAUUCUUCAUCUGAUUUGUUUCUAUUUGUUCCACAUCGUUCCUGCCAUUUUUAUCGACGCGUUGCUGUUCGUUUUAGGAUACAAACCAGUUUUACUGAGGGUGCAAAAGAGAAUAGCCAAAGGAUUCGAAGUAUUCGAAUAUUACGCAAACAACCAGUGGGAUUUCAACAACGACGAAGCCAGAGCGACCCGAGCACUAUUGAAUCCUCGAGAAAGACAAAUAUACAAAGUGGACGGUGAAGGGAUGAAUUAUCACGAUUACUUCGAAGACUGCACCCAUUGUGCAAGGUUGUUCUUGUUGAACGAAACAGACGAUACGAUUCCAGCAGCAAAACGACACAUGAAAGUCAUGUGGUGUGUGGACAAAGCGGUGAAGAUACUCUUCUGGGGCUUCAUAGCAUAUUACCUCUACAAUAAAUUGGCUGCUUUGCUUUUAUAAGAAACGGAUUGUCGUGUUUGAUUUUUGUAAGCGAACCACAGCUGUACAAUACAUGAAUUAAUUUUAAGAUGAAAUAUUUUCCAAUCUUGAUUGGAAGGUACAAAUUUAUGAUUUAGGUGGUUACAGAAUUGUCUUAGAUGUUGUUUCAAUUAUCUUUUGUUAUAUAUUUUUUUAUUUAAUAAAUAGUUUUUAUAGUGUG